CAUCAGCCAAGAGAACCGACAUGGCUUCUUCCUUCCCAAUUCGGAUGCUUCUGUGGCUUCUUCUCGCCCACCUGCUCCGGCGAGGACUAGCAGGGCCACGCAGAGCAGCAGUCACGGUUCACGUUUCCUACCAGGACCCGCACUCUUCCUCUACGGAGACAGCGGCAACCACGCGCCCUCAGCAGAGUCUGAGCGCCGCAUGUCCAUCUGCGCCUGCGCAGUCAUGUGUAAGUGUGUGAGCAGUCCCGUGUCGGUUGGCAUCUGCGCAAGUGCAGCAGCAUACGCAUGCGCAGUCCAGAGUCGGUGUGCGUGUGCGCGAGGCCGCCUCAGGGCUGUGCGGGCCCAGGACCCGAGUGCAGGCAGGUGAGCGUGCCCCCACUGUGCCGGUCCCCUCCCCCGCCAUGGGACAAGGGCCACCCCGGGCAGCUGGGGUGGGGACAGCAGCCCUGUCUGGUGAGGAGGGCGUCUGGGAGGGUCCUGGCCUGCGAGGGGACGUGGUCCUGGGACCCAGCCUCUGGUUGCCUUCCAGGCACCCUCCCCAGACCCAGCCUCCGGGCUGAGCCAGGCUCUGUGAUCGCCCUGGGCAGGCCUGGGACCCUGUGGUGUCAGGGGACCCUGGAGGCCCAGGAGUGCCGUCUGUAUAGAGAGGGAAUCCCAGAGCCCUGGGACAGAGCGAUGCCCCUGGAGCCCGGAAACAAGGUCAAGUUCUCCAUCCCUCUCAUGGCUGAGGUGUACGCGGGGCGCUACAGCUGUGUCUGCCUCAGCGCUGCUGGCUGGUCAGAGCCCAGUGCCGCCCUGGAGCUGCGGGUGUCAGGAGCCUACGGCAAGCCCAGCCUCUCAGCCCUGCCCAGCCCUGUGGUGACCUCAGGGGGCAAUGUGACCCUCCAGUGCCGCUCCCAGCUGGGAUUCCACAGGUUCAUUCUGACAGAGGAGGGGGCGCCCUGGGCUGCCAGGACCCGGAGCUCAGAGCCACACCCUAGUGCGCAGUCCCAGGCCCUGUUCCCUGUGGGCCCUGUGACUCCCGGUCGCAGGUGGGCGUUCCGAUGCUAUGGCUCCUACAGGGAGAAUCCUUCUGUGUGGUCAGAGCCCAGUGACGCCCUGGAGCUGGGGGUGACAGGUGAGGAAGCCACAGCCUGAGCAGGAGCUGGGUAGGUCACGGAGACACUGAGAGGAGGCAUAGAUGGGAACUGGGCAAGGGGCCUGGGGUUCCUGGGCCAGACACCCAGAGUGAGGGUGGUGGAACUGCAGGGCAGGAGGGAUAGGGUGUGGGCGGAGCCAGUGUGCAACCCCGCCCCUCUUCCCUCCUGACCCAGCAGGGCCCUCAGUGGUCCCUGCAGAGGGCCUGAAGGAGUCUGCCCAGCGCCCUGGCCGGCAGCCCCAGGCCGGGCUCCCACAGCGGGCAAGCAUUGCAGAACUCUACAGGACCCACCCAGGACGGGCCUCACACCCCGGGGUGUCUGUUAGAGUAGGACAGAGACUAUCGAGCCCAGUGGGGCCUGGUCAUGGCCCAGGGUGGGCCCGGGACCUGCUCCUGUAGGGAGAGGCUCGCCAGGCUUGGCUGCCACAUGUCUCUCCCCUGCGGAGCUCCCUGGCGGCUCCAGAACACAGAGUGAUGUGUGGGCGACUCAGCUGAGGACCACGCUGAACUGCGUCGCGAGACGAGAGGCUGGGAAGCACAGAGUGUGGAGCAGGCCGGGGUCUCCUCCUCCUCACUGUCCUAUGC